AUGUUCCACCUUGCCAAGGGCCUGUAUGCCAACUGGAAUCGGAAAGAACAGUACUCGAUCUUGAUAUUAGGUCUUGACAAUGCCGGAAAGACAACAUUUUUAGAAAUGCUUAAGAAGGAAUACUCGAAAAACUCUAAAUCACCGGACAGAAUAACGCCGACGGUAGGUCAGAAUGUGGCCACCAUUCCCGUGGAGUCUAGUGUAUUGAAAUUCUGGGAUGUGGGAGGUCAAGAAUCGCUACGAACGCUGUGGCCGGAGUAUUAUCGCCAGGCGCACGGAAUCAUUUUCGUGAUCGACAGCGCCGAUCGAGCUCGUCUUGAAGAAUGUUGCACGACGCUCAGAUCUGUGGUUGCAAACGAAGACGUGGAGGGCAUUCCUGUGCUCAUGCUGGCCAACAAGCAGGAUCGAGACGACCGCAUGGAGGUUCAAGAUAUCAAAGAGGUUUUUAAUAAGAUUGCCGAGCAUUUAGGUGCGCGGGACAGUCGUGUGCUCCCAAUAAGUGCUCUAACGCAGGAUGGCAUCAAAGAAGCUGCGGAAUGGAUACUGGUGCGUUUGAGACGAAACAAAGUGAACAAGCCUCCGCUGUACAAAUAA